AUGCUGUGCCCAUUGUGUCUGUGUGUCUUCUUCCUACCCUUCUGUACUGAUGCUCAGGAAUCACUCCCCAUUAAUGUUAGCAAUUGGACAACAAUCUUGUCUGGUGAAUGGAUGGUCGAAUUUUACGCGCCCUGGUGUCCCGCUUGCAACCUGGUAGCAGUGGAAUGGAAGCGCUUUGCAGAGCUAGCUCCACAUCACGACAUCAAAGUGGCCCAGCUUGACUGCUCUGCUGAGUCAGCUGUGGCUAUGAUUUUUACAAUCACCUCUCUUCCCACUAUCUUUCAUGUCAAAGAUGGUGUGUUUCGAAAUGUUAAGGGAAAGCGGAAGACGGAUCAGUUACUUCACUUUAUAGAGAAUCGUGAGUUCGAGCUCAUCGAGCCGACCACCUGGUCGCUUUCGCCAAAUGCUUUCUAUAUGUCUGCUGUCGUUCGAUUCCUCGAUCUCUGUCUUUCAAUCACUAAAGCUCACAGAGCGAUGACGGAUUAUGGCGUGCCGGCUUCCUUGUCGAUUAUCUUAGUCGGCACUGGCGUUCUUGCCUCUGGAGCAGCUAUGGGCAUGCUUAUCCUCUGUGUCUGCGAGUAUUUCUGUCCACCGCGUCCCCAAAUACUCAAUAUCGUGGGCAUGGAAGGAGAGCCACCAAAGCCCAUCGUGACGAAGGAGAAUGACAUGGAACAGGACAGUGUUUUGGAAGACAGUGAAGACAACAGUUGGACUGAGGUCAAACCACUGGAUACCAAAGAUUGUGUUCAAGCAGAUGAACCUUUAGUGCUUCGCCGUUGCAAUAGUAGAAAGUAG